AUGACACCUGUGCCCGCCCAUUCUCGUCACUCUCCUGUCACUUCUGCUGCUGCUCCCCGUCUCACUUUGCCCCAGUUGUACCAGCCUCUGGCUGUGCUCGAGUAUCCAAUGCCUGCUCCUCCAUCGGUCGACUCAGUGGUCUUUGAGGAUGUGGUUGUGGACUUCGCCCUGGAGGAGUGGGCCUUGCUGAGUCCUGCUCAGAGGAAACUCUACAGAAAUAUGAUGCUGGAAACCUUCAGGAACCUAGCCUUAAUGAGGCACAAAAGAAGUCAUACUGGACACAAACUACAUCAGUGUGAGGAAUGUGGGGAAGCCUUCAGUUGCCCUUCAUACCUGAAAACUCACGUAAAAACUUACAAUGGAGAGAAACUCUAUGCGUGUAAGUUAUGUGGGAAAAAGUUUCUUCAUCCCCAUUCUCUCACUGAACAUAUAAAGACUCACACUGGAGAAAAGCCUUAUGAAUGUAAGCAGUGUGGGAAAGGCUUCAGUUGUCCCAAAUCCUUUAGAUCACAUGUGAUGAUGCACACUGGAGAGAAGCCCUAUGAAUGUAAGCAGUGUGGGAAAGCCUACUGCUGGUGCACAUCCUUUCAAAGACAUGUGAGAGUUCACAAUGGAGAGGAACCCUAG